AUGUUGACGGGAUUUCUUGUGCUCUGUGCUCUUAUUUCGCUUAUAAUCCCACAAGGGUUGUGUUCUAGUCUACUAUGUGGGCGAACAGAGAAAUUAGAGCUGGGCAGAAACAGCGGCGCUGGCGCUGCACUAGCGUUAGCACUAGUUCGUCCCAUGAAUGCUGCAAACCAAACCGCCUGCACGCUCAGCCUCACCGCACCAGAUGCUGCGGCCUUCGCUAUUCGACUGAUCGAUGUUAAGGAAUCAAUAGCAGACUGGGAACGGCCCAUCACAGAUGUUCAGCUACCAUCUCCUGUGGGAGGCGGGCCGGCGCGCAAGUGGAGUGCUCGUACGGCAACACACGCGCAGGACACCGCCCCCGACCAGGCAGCGCCCGUUAACAAUGGAACCGAUGCUUGUAAACUCUUGAUUUAUAUCGGUGACGCCAAAAGCCCAAUGUGGCGAUUGAAUCUGUGCGGUGGAAACGCCGCGGCAGUCGCUGCAAGGGCUGGCACGAAGCUGCUCCCCUCCAAGCUGAAGAUCGUGUGGAACCCUCCCACUUCUCCUUACCAGCACACCGAGAAGCUCAGGCUUGUGGUUACCGCCGUCAAUAGUGGUGCAGCUUGCAACAACGACUCUCAAUUCAUAUGCGGGGUUACAAGCCUUUGUAUCUCAUCGUACUUGGUCUGCGAUGGCGUGCGGCACUGUCCUGGUGGCGAGGAUGAGGACCCAAGUGCCUGCUCACAUAGGCAUGACCCUCCACUACUCGAGUUGUUGAGGAGGUUCGCCGCUAGGAACCAAGAGUUAUUAGGAUUAGACCAGCCUGAGGGAGUAACGAAACCUUCUGUUAUAAUGAAAAUCAGUGAAAGUGAGAAAUCGUCGAAUGCUUUCAUGGAGUUUGCAGCAGCGUUGAAGCCAUAUGGCCCUUGGAGUUACCUGGUUGUUGGUAUGCUCGUAUGUGCCACUAUACUCAUGUUCUGCUUAGCCUGGGAAUGCUGCUGCAAACGAUCCAAGCCUUCAGACACACCAAUCAACAUACCUCCAUCAUGUAUAGACCUGUCACCAACUGUCACAGUGACAGCUGCGUCGCAGCAACUCUUUACGCAACCUCUACCACCGACACCUCCGGAGUACGAACCACCGCCUUCUUACUCCUCGCUGUUCCCUAGAGCCUUUAAGUCAUCUCCAACACCGGUACCACAUUGCUCCCACCAGGAACCCCCAGAUUGA